AUGUGGGCCAUAACGUGCGCCUUCUCUGCUUAUCCUGCGCAUCGUGUUCAAAACCCCGUUUCAACCGCCACCGUUCGCUACACCCCUCGCCUCUCCAUCCCUGUCAAUCCAUUCGUUCCAGAGGUUGUAAAAGCCGUUGAUUCCUUGCAUUCAGAGUUCAGAGCCGUGGAUAAUUUAGUUGCAUACAAUUCCACCCGUGUCCUUAAAGCUUUUCAGAAUGCUCGGCUUGGUUCUCAUCACUUUGGUGGUUCCACUGGCUAUGGCCACGAUGAAGCUGGGGGACGUGAAGCUCUUGACCAGGCUUUUGCAGAAAUUGUUGGAGCGGAAUCGGCUAUUGUUCGUUCUCAGUUUUUCUCAGGUACUCAUGCCAUCACAUGUGCUUUAUUUGCUCUCUUGAGGCCAGGAGAUGAGCUUUUGGCAGUUGCUGGUGCUCCUUAUGACACUUUAGAGGAAGUAAUUGGGAAACGGGACUCUGGUGGUUUGGGUUCCCUCCAAGAUUUUGGGGUGAAAUACCGAGAAGUUCCACUUGCCGAGGAUGGUGGACUUGACUGGAAUGCACUGACGAGUGCUGUUAAACCCGAAACAAAAUGUGCACUCAUACAGAGGUCUUGUGGUUAUUCUUGGCGUCAGAGUUUGAGUGUUAAUGACAUAGGAAGAGCGAUCCAAAUUAUCAAAAUGCAAAAUCCUGAGUGUUCAGUCAUGGUGGACAAUUGCUAUGGAGAACUUGUGGAAAGCAUUGAACCUCCCAUGGUGGGUGCAGAUUUGAUGGCGGGCAGCUUGAUCAAGAAUCCUGGUGGAACAGUUGCACCAUGUGGUGGAUAUGUUGCUGGGAAAAAGAAACUGGUUGAAGCAGCUGCAGCGCGUCUUUCUGCACCUGGGCUUGGUGUGGAUUGUGGUUCAACUCCCGGUGAUAUCAUGAGAGCCUUUUUCCAGGGAUUGUUUCUUUCACCUCAAAUGGUUGGGGAAGCAAUCAAGGGUUCCUUCCUGAUUGCUGAAGUUUUGGCAUCUAAAGGUUAUAAAGUGCAGCCACUCCCUCGUGUCCCUAGAUGUGAUACUGUUCAGGCUGUACAGCUUGGAAGCCGUGAGCGUCUCCUCGCUUUCUGUGAGGCUGUUCAAAGAAGUUCUCCCGUGGGGUCAUACACCAAACCAAUUGCGGGUACCUCUCCUGGAUAUGCAUCAGAGGUGAUUUUUGCCGAUGGAACCUUCAUUGACGGGAGUACUAGUGAGCUUUCAUGUGAUGGACCUCUUAGAGAACCAUUUACUGUAUUUUGCCAGGGAGGCACUCAUUGGACUCAAUGGGGACUAGUCCUUGGAGAAGUUUUGAAAUCUAUAUGA